AUGGAGCUGGGUCCGGAGCACCCGCACCGCCGCCGCCUCCACUUCGCCUGCAGUUCGCCGCCCGCCGUCGUCAAGGCCCUGUUCCCAGCUGGCCCCGGGGGGCUGUCCCCGGUCACCAACCUCGCAGUCACCAUGGACCAGCUGCGGGGCCUGGGCAGUGAAUGUGAGCUUCAGCUGGAAAUGAACAGCAACAGCCUCCCGCGGACAAGCUCCACAGAGUCUACAGAUUCAGGUUUUUGUCUGGAUUCUCCUGGACCCCUGGAUAGAAAAGAAAACCUUGAAAAACCCAUGAGGAGAAUAAACUCCCUGCCACAGAAGCUCCUAGGGUGUAGCCCUGCCCUAAAGAGAAGCCAUUUUGAUUCAUUUGACUGUGAUAUCUUUCAACUAAGUGACCAUGAUGAUAACAAGGAAAAUGAGGUCUUUGAGUUUAAGAAGCCAACAAGACCUGUACCCCGUGGCCCUCUUCAUGGACUUGGAGAGGUCAAAGAUGUCUUCACCCAAAGGCAGAAUUCAGCCCCCGCUCAAAUGUUUUCCACCAAUGAAAAGGAUAACAGUGAACUUGCAAACUACUUCCCUCUCUUCCUGCCACAGUCUCCUCUUACCUCUCUGGCUGAUGAGGAUGAUGGAUUCCUGGAAAUACUUGAUGGAGAGAACCUGAAGAAUGAUGAUGAAACGUCAUCAUGCAUGUCAAGCCUUUGGACAGCUCCUCUCGUGAUGAGAAGAACAGCAAACCAAGGCAAGCGGUGUAAGCUGUUUGAAUCCUCAUCUGCACCCAGUGCCAUGACCCGUCCUAUGUUGAAGAGAUUGGAACGUUCUCCUGAAGAUUCCCCACCAGGAAACACAAAAAAGAGGAAAAGCACAGUAGAGGAAUCUACUGAGGAAGCAAUGAAACUCAAUGAGAGCCUGCAGCCAGCUGUAUCCCAGUCACCUUCCACAGAAGAGACUAUCAAGAGCAUUUUGGACAGUGACCAGAGGGACCUCAUUGGUGAUUUCUCAAAGGGUUACCUUUUUCACACAGUUGCUGGGAAGCAUGAGGAUCUAAAAUAUAUUUCGCCAGAAAUAAUGGCAUCUGUGUUGAAUGGGAAGUUUGCAAAUCUAAUUAAAGAGUUCGUCAUCAUUGAUUGCAGAUAUCCAUAUGAAUACGAAGGAGGCCAUAUCAAGGGUGCAGUGAACUUACACAUGGAAGAAGAGGUAGAAGCCUUCUUACUGAAGAAACCCAUCAGGCCAACAGAUGGCAAACGUGUCAUUGUUGUUUUCCACUGCGAAUUUUCUUCAGAGCGGGGUCCCCGAAUGUGCAGAUUUGUGAGAGAGCGGGACCGCCUGGAUAACGAAUACCCCAAGCUCCACUACCCUGAACUUUAUGUUUUAAAGGGAGGGUACAAAGACUUCUUUUUGAAAUGCAAGUCAUACUGUGAGCCCCCAAGCUACCGUCCCAUGCACCAUGAAGAUUUUAAGGAAGACCUGAAGAAAUUUCGCACCAAGAGCCGGACAUGGGCAGGGGAGAAAAGCAAAAGAGAAAUGUACAGUCGCCUAAAGAAGCUCUGAGGGUGGGGCUCCUCGGAGAGCAGCCAGAGAACCCCCUGUUCCAGAGAAGCCUGAGGAAAGGGGCCAGCUGGAUACGUUUUCCUGGCUACGUCUGCAAGCCCGCUCACUCCACGUAUGUGCUGACCAUCAUCACCUUGGUCUCAAUUAUGAGAGCUUCUGCUUCCUGGCAUUAUCCUGUUGACUCUCUUGCUGUCCCUUUGGAACUUUUAAAGAUACUUUGAUGGGAAAAGCUUUCCUUUGGCAGAGACCAGGAAUGCUGGGGGGGGGGGGGGUGGUUUGCUGCUACCUUAAGUUACCUCGUGGAGCUUACUAAGAACUUAUAUCGACACUCAGAUAAAAUUGAUGUCCCUGAGGUUGCCUAAGGCCCCUAGGAGUCAGAUUUGUACCUCAGAUGGCUUCUUCCCUAAGUGACUUUGGCUGUCUCCCUCCUGUGCAGCUAAUCUGUGGCAGUCACAAGGAAAUACUGGGUUUGAAGGGUAGGGGUCAAGGGGUGGGAACGAAGGGAAUUGUUGCACACAAAGGUGCUACUGACCAAAUACCAAAGACAAUCUGAGGAGAAAGGAUCUCUAUUGUGUACAACUCCUAUGUGUUAAUUUAUUCAACCUUGUCAAUCACUUUAUUUUUUUUAACUCCUGGAUCAUUAGGUCAAAAUACUGCCUUUCCAAGUGGAGUAUUAUUCUAGGAACUGCCUUGGACCCAAAGUCUAUUUUUAAUUUUUUUGUUUGUUUGUUUAAAGAAAAGAUAAAAUACUAGAUGUUCA